CAUGAAGUACUACUUGCUGUUGGCCGGCCUCUUUUUGGGAACAGCUCUUGCUGCUGUUAUACCCGAGGAAGAACGUAUAAAUGGUGAAAAUGGCUGGUAUGUACCACGUAUUGAUGGCUCUUUUGAUUGGGUUGAUUUAGAGGAAGCUGAAUCAUAUUUGGAAUCUAAACAAAUGAUGGAAGGACGUUUAACCAUUAACCCAGUUACCUUUUACUUAUACACUAAAUCCAAUCCCAAUGAACAUCAUGAAAUCAAAAUGUCUAGAAAAUCCAUAGAAGCUUCACAUUUCAAUGCUAAACAUCCCACCAGAAUAACCAUCCAUGGUUGGACCAAUAGUAAAGACGAUUAUAUUAAUACUGGGGUACGUCAAGCUUGGUUGUCUCAUGGUGAUUACAAUAUGAUUGUUGUUGAUUGGGGCCGUGCUCGCUCUGUAGAUUAUGCCUCUUCGGUUGUAGCCGUUCCUGGUGUCGGUAAAAAGGUAGCUGAAAUGGUUGACUAUUUGGUCAAGGAAUUCCACUUAAAUUUAGACACUUUAGAAAUAAUUGGCCACAGUUUGGGCGCCCAGGUUGCUGGUUAUGCUGGCAAAAAUAUUAAAUCCGGCAAAGCUCACACUAUUGUAGGUUUAGAUCCUGCUCUUCCUCUUUUCAACUACAAUAAACCCCACAAACGUUUGUCCAGCACUGAUGCUCACUAUGUUGAGUCUAUCCAAACUAAUGGCGGUAAAUUGGGUUUCCUGAAACCCAUUGGUAAGGGAGCUUUCUAUCCUAAUGGUGGUAAGAAACAGCCUGGUUGUGGUGCUGAUAUCACAGGUUCCUGUUCCCAUGGACGCGCAGUCACUUACUAUGUAGAAGCUGUGGAAAGGGAUGAUUUUGCUUCAGUUAAAUGCGGUAACUAUAAGGAGGCUGUUGCCAAGAAAUGUGGUUCGACUUAUAAUUCUGCUCGUAUGGGUGCUAUUACCAAUGCCUAUAUGGUUGAGGGUGACUUUUAUGUACCUGUCAAUAGCCAGGCUCCCUAUGGUAAAUUAGCUUAAUUUAAUAUAUAAGAAUUGCUUUAAAAGCAUGUAUUUAAUAAAAUGAAAAAAUUUA